GGUUGUUGUGGCGGAAGAGAGGAAACGCAUUAACUUUAACGUGUGUUUGUUCUUAGGUAGUUUGUAAUAUUCUAGGUUUUUAUAUUUUUUUUUACACUUCAAAAACUAUGUCCGAUGAGGAGCUCACGGUUCCAGAAGAGCUGUUUAAAGAUGUUAAAUUCUACGUGGUUGGAGACAUUGAACAAAAGGUAGUUCAGCUCCUGAAGUCUGGGAAAGCCAAAGAAGUGUCCUACAAUGCGCUCGCUACACACAUCAUUGCAGUCGAUGGGGACAGUCCCGAGGUGGGAGAGGCACGUGAGGUCUUUGACCUGCCUGUUGUUAAGCCGUCCUGGGUAAUCUUGUCUGUUCGAUGUGGAGAUCUUCUACCAGUGGCUGGUUUUUCUCCAGAAUCAGGGCAGGUUUUCUACGGCGUCACUGCAUGUUUACCCAGGAUUUCGUCCGAGGACCGCAAUACACUCUGGGCUUUGAUAACCUUUUAUGGAGGGGAUUGCCAGUUGAACCUGAAUAAGAAGUGUACUCAUUUAAUUGUACUUGAGCCAGCUGGGGAAAAGUAUGAGUGUGCUUUAAAGCACAGCAGUAUUAAAAUAGUGACUCCAGACUGGGUGUUGGACUCUGUUGUUGACAAGUCCAGAAAGGAAGAAGAGAAGUACCAUCCACGACUGAAUAUCCUGGAGGAGGAGGAGGAAGAGGAGAGCGAAGAGGAAGAAUAUGACAGGGGCUCGCAGUCCGAUGGCAGCUACAUUGAAAACAGAUCAAGGAAGUACAGCCCAGCCUCGUCUUGUGAGGGGUCCCCUUUGAGCACAGAGGGGUUCUCCCCAAAGCAGCAGAAGAGGAGUGACCGAUUGAAAAGUGAAUUGAUGUUUGACGAUUCCUCUGACUCCUCGCCAGAGAAACAGGAGAGGAACCUGAACUGGACCCCAGCUGAGGUUCCCCAGACAGUGGCUGCUAAGCACCGGCUGCCCCAUGGGAAGGACACCGGUCUAAUAAACCUGUGUGCUAAUGUACCACCAGCACCAGGCAGCGUUGUGCCCCAAGACGCACGGAGUAACUUGUGUGCUAAUGUACCACCAGCACCAGGCAGCGUUGGGCCCCAAGAGGCACGGAGUAACUUGUGUGCAAAUGUAGCACCAGGCAAUACUCUGCCCCUGGAGGCACGAAGUAACUUGGUGCCUUCGGGACAGAGUGCCCAGGGACCAGAGAGGCAGGAAAUGAUGGCUUCUUGGAGCCCAGCUGUACGGACAUUGAGGAACAUUACGAAUAGUGCAGAUAUUCAGCAAACUAGCAGGCCGUCAAAUGUUGCACAUAUCUUACAGACCCUUUCAGCCCCUACAAAAUCUCUGGAACAAGCAGCAAAUCAGACUCAGCAGGGGCAUCCAAACGCAGUACUGUUUAACCAAGGAAAGCCGCAGCAGCAGCAGCAGCAGCAGCAGCAACCCCAGCAGGUCCAACAGCAGCAGCAAAAUCCUCAACCGCAGCAGCAGCAGCUACAACACCAACAGCAUUCUCUCUUACAUCUCCAACCACAACAGCUUAUGCAGUUGCAUCAACAGCAGCAGCAGCAGCAGCAGCAACAACAAAUUCCCCAGCAAACCUUUCCACCACAACCACCACCACAACAAACUCAUCAGUUCCUCCAUCAGCCACACCAGCAGCAGCUCCACCAGCAAAUCCUCACUCAGCAACAUCAGCAGCAACAUCAGUUUGCCCAACAGCAACAGCAGCAGUUGCGACCUCAGCAGUUGCAUCGACAGCAGUUGCAACAGCAACAUGUUUUGCAGCAGCAGUUGCAGCAGCUGCAGCAGCAGCACCGAUUACAGCAGCAGCAGCAGCAGCACAACCAGCAACAGUUGCAUCCGCAGCAUCCUCAAAGUGUGCAACAGCAUUUGCAGCAGUUGCAACACCAGCAGCAGCAGCAACAGCAGCAGCACCUGUUGCAGCAACAAUUACAACAGCAGCAUUUGCAGCAGCUGCAGAAACAACUGCAGCAGCAGACUGUGCAACAUCUACAGAGUCAGAAUUCUCAUCAGCAACAGAAUCCACAACUGCAGCAGCAACAGGCACAGCUGCAGCCAGUGCAGCCGCAACAGCUCUUUGGGCAUGAGCCCGGACUAGACAUUCCAGAGCACGGUUUCCUAGUGGGCUGCAUCUUUUCUAUUGCUGAUUACCCUGAGCAGAUGUCAGACAAACAACUUCUAGCAACUUGGAAAAGGAUUAUUCAAGCACAUGGUGGAACAGUGGACCCUUCUCUCAGUAGCCGAUGCACACACCUUUUAUGUGAAAGCCAAGUCAGCAGUAUGUUUGUUCAGGCUUUGAGAGAGGGGAAGCGCUGUGUGACUGCCCAUUGGCUGAAUACCAUCCUCAAAAAGAAAAAGAUGGUCCCACCCCAUAGAACCUUGCAUUUUCCUUUUGCAUUUCCCCCUGGAGGAAAACCUUGUUCACAGCAUAUCAUUUCUGUGACGGGGUUUGUGGAUACUGAUCGGGAUGACCUCAAGUUAAUGGCUUAUCUGGCAGGGGCAAAAUACACUGGUUAUUUGUGUCGCAGUAAUACAGUGCUCGUCUGCAAAGAACCCAGCGGGUUAAAAUAUGAAAAGGCCAAAGAAUGGAGGAUUCCUUGUGUAAAUGCCCAGUGGUUGUGUGAUAUCCUUCUUGGAAACUUUGAAGCAUUGCGGCAGGUUCAGCACAGUCGUUAUUCAGUAUUCAAUCUUCAGGAUCCUCUGGCUCCCAAUCAGCACCUCGUUUCAAAUCUUUUAGCUGCUUGGCGGAUACCGUUAAAAAUAUCACAAGAACUCCUAAUGAGCUUGCGCCUGAACCCAAAACAGAAACCCAAUGAACACGGCCUCCAACCUCCUGCAAAAAAGCCCAGGGUUGACGAUUUGCCACUUCCCAGUAAAAAGCUGCCACCAGAAUCAACCCCUGCCAUGCUCUUCACUGGGUUUGAACCAGCACAGGUUCAGCAGUAUGUAAAGAAAUUAUACUUCCUGGGAGGAGAAGUUGCAGAAAGUGCACAGAAGUGUACUCAUCUAAUUGCAAGCAAAGUGACAAGAACUGUGAAGUUCCUGACUGCUAUGUCCAUCGUGAAGCACAUAGUCACCCCGGAAUGGCUAGAAGAAAGUUUUAAAAGCCAACAGUUUGCUGAUGAGCAAAACUUCAUGCUGAGGGAUGCUGAGGCAGAGGUGCUGUUCUGUUUCAGUUUAGAAGAAUCGCUGAAGAGGGCACAUGCUGCUCCACUGUUUAAGGGGAAAUUUUUUUACAUCACUCCUGGGAUCUGCCCUAGCCUUACAACAAUGAAAGCCAUAGUGGAGUGUGCUGGUGGAAAGCUGUUGACUAAACAGCCAUCCUUCCGCAAGAUCAUGGAGCACAAGCAGAACAAGAGCUUACCUGAAAUUAUCCUGAUCUCUUGUGAAAAUGAUCUUCACUUGUGCAGAGAAUAUUUUGCAAAAAAUAUAGAUGUCCAUAAUGCAGAAUUUAUCCUGACUGGAGUGCUCACACAAACCAUGGAUUAUGAAUCAUAUAAAUUCACGUGAUGCUUCUCUGGUGUCGUGUAGAAGCAGCCAUAAGAAGUAACAAUAAUAAAACAAAAUCCUGCUGCUGAUACUUUAUAACACAUUCUAAUGAGAGGAAAGAAGAUGGCUAACACUGUGUUGAUUUUUAAAAUGUUUUCUAUUACUGUUAUUGUAAUUCAGAAUUGAUUUAAUAUUUAAAGUAGCUGUGGGUAAGCUAUAUUAAAUGAUUGUUAGAAAAAGAAAAGUUUUAUAUUGUACAGUUUGUAUCCAUUGCAACUGUUUUGUGUGUUCUAUUUUGGAAUAAAAUGUGAUGUUUUUGAUUACAUUUUGUGAAGCUCUAAAUCCUCUUUUAGGCAUGUGCAGCUGCCAGUGUCAAAGCCUCAUAGGAAACCAUUUGAGGUAGACACUUGUUGUGUUAUAUAAAUCAUGAGUGCUAAAUGUGUUGGUGACAUUAAGAGCUUUGACACAUUUCAAAAUGUUUUUUUUACCAGUGUGUGUAUAUAUGUAUCAGGGGCUGUGAUUGGGUAAAACCUAGGAGGAAAAAUAGAUUGAACUAUUGUCCUAACAUACUUGCGCCACCGGGCAAUAGUCUCCAUCUGUCAUGUGAUUGGUUCACAUCACUGUCAGUCCCGCCCCUUUUAAAGAAACGCCCUCCACCUCCACUCCUAAACAAUAAGAUAAAAUGGCUGGAUGAAAAAACUGCUGAACGGCGAUUCUGUGACCUAAGAGAAAAUGAAUUACAAAACAUACUACAAAAGAAAG